AUGGAAGGGGAAGAGCGAGAGGAAGAGGAAGGACAAAGGCGGAUCCAGGCUGGGCAGACGGAACCAAGCGCUCGAGCUCUCCCUGAAUUCGCAGCCCCCACCUGUGGGAUCAUCGCCCCCCCCAUCGCGCAGGUGCCCGGGGAGGGGGAGCUCGUGAAAGCGAAGAGGGGGGAGCUUUUGGGAUUGCUGGGACUGCCAGCAGCCUGGGGAGGGCCCUUUGCAAUGAACCCCAAGUUCCACGACCUGGCUGCAGAGAUCUCUCGUCUCCAUCCAUCCCGACUGUCCUACCCCUCCAACAAUCCUACAAGCUCAUCCCUUGUUUUCCCCAAACCAGGAUUUCCCAUUGCCAACUCCUGGGAGGCUCCAAGGAAGAGGAAGGUGCCCUGGGACACUGAGGCAGAGCAGGACCUGAGCAUGGAGAGCAGGGAGGACAAAUCCCCACGGCAGAACCUGGCAGCAGAGGCCAUUUUGAGCGGCUCCAUGGCGCAGGAACCCAACGGGGAGGAAAAGCCCCGGAGAUCCCUCACGAGGAGGGGCUGCAAACGCAGAUGGCGGGGAUCUGAGGGGGAAAGAGCCAGCCUGGGCCGGGAAGGCGGCUGGAGAUGGAGCCAGAGCUCGGAGCUGGUGCUGCAUGAGCAACUCCACAAUGGGGAGAAGCCCCACAAGUGUGAGGAGUGUGGGAAGAGCUUCAGGUGGAACUCUGAACUGAUCAGGCACCAGAGGACCCACACUGGGGAACGGCCCUACGAGCCCUUCCGCUGCCCCGACUGCGGGCAGGCCUUCAGGCAGAAUGCCCAUCUUGUCAUGCACCGACACAUCCACACUGGGGAGAGGCCCCACGAGUGUGGGGAAUGUGGGAAGAGCUUCAGGCACAGCUCCAACCUGAUCAGGCACCAGAGGACCCACACCGGGGAGAGGCCCUACAAGUGUGGGGAGUGUGGGAAGAGCUUCAGCCAGCAUUCCAACCUGCUUGUCCACCAAAGGAUCCACACUGGGGAGAGGCCCUACAAGUGUUCCAAGUGUGGGAAGAGGUUUAAGACCAGCUUUCAUCUCCUCCAGCACUAUCAGAUUCACAGAGAGGAGAGGCCCUUCCAGUGCCCUGACUGCGGGAAGGGAUUCAAGCGCAACUCCACCCUCAUCACCCACCGGCGCAUCCACACUGGGGAGAGGCCCUACGAGUGUCCUCAGUGUGGGAAGAGCUUCUCACGGAGCUCUACCUUGACACAACACCAACGGAGGCACCAGUAA